AUGGACGGGGAGUUGCUGAGGGCGGUGAGGCAGGCGGCGAGGAACCACGCCGGGACGCUGUACCACCGCCUCGUCGGCCGCCACCUGCCGCGCGUCCUCACCGCUGCGCUGCUCGUCGCCGCGGCGCGCGCGGUGGCGCCGGCGACGGCGCCGUCCGUGGACGCGCUGGUGCGGGAGGCGCGGGACAACGCGCGGGCGGUGCUGGCGGCGGCCGCGUGCUGCGCGGCGGUGGCGUACGCGUACGCCAUGUCGCGGCCGCGGCCGGUGUACCUGGUGGACCUCGCCGGGUACAAGCCGGCGGCGGCGCACGAGUCGACGCGGGCGAGGGCCAUCCGGCACUUCGCGGUGGCCGGGAACUUCAGCGAGGAGAGCAUGGCGUUCCAGACGCGGAUGAUGGAGCGGUCGGGGCUCGGGGAGGCGACGCACUUCCCGGCGUCGCUGCUCAGGCUGCCCGUCGACAUGUGCCUCCGCACGGCGAGGGAGGAGUCGGAGGCCGUCGUCUUCGGCGUCGUCGACGAGCUGCUCGCCAAGACCGGCGUGCGCCCGGAGGACAUCGGCGUCGUCAUCGUCAACUCCAGCCUCUUCAGCCCCACGCCGUCCUUCACCUCGCUCGUCGUGAACCGCUACCGCCUCCGCCACGACGUCGUCAGCCACAACCUCAGCGGCAUGGGCUGCAGCGCCGGCAUCAUCGCCAUUGAUCUCGCCAAGCACCUGCUUCAGGUGCACGCUGACACGUACGCGUUGGUGGUGAGCACGGAGAACAUAACGCUGAACGCGUACCUGGGGAACUACCGCCCCAUGCUGGUGACCAACACGCUGUUCCGGAUGGGCGGCGCGGCGGUGCUGCUGUCCAACCGGCGCGCCGAGCGGCGGCGGGCCAAGUACCAGCUGAUGCACACGGUGCGCACCCACCGCGGCGGCGCCUGCGACCGCAGCUACGGGUGCGUGACGCAGGAGGAGGACGGCGCCGGGAACGUCGGGGUGUCGCUGUCCAAGGAGCUCAUGUCCGUCGCCGGCGAGGCGCUGCGCACCAACAUCACCACCCUCGGCCCGCUCGUGCUCCCGCUCUCGGAGCAGCUCCGGUUCCUCGCCACCGUCGUGCUCCGCCGCGUCUUCGGCCGCGCGGCCGCCAAGCCCUACCUGCCGGACUUCACCCUCGCGCUCGACCACUUCUGCAUCCACGCCGGCGGCCGCGGCGUGCUCGACGAGCUGGAGCGCAGCCUCAAGCUCAGCGCCUGGCACAUGGAGCCGUCGCGGAUGACGCUCUACCGCUUCGGCAACACGUCGAGCAGCUCGCUCUGGUACGAGCUCGCCUACUGCGAGGCCAAGGGCCGGAUCCGCCGCGGCGACCGCGUCUGGCAAAUCGCCUUCGGCUCCGGCUUCAAGUGCAACAGCGCCGUCUGGAAGGCCCUCAGGACGCUCGACGGCGGCGCCGCCGCCGGCGGCCCGUGGGCGCAGGACCUCGACUCGCUGCCGGUGCACGUGCCCAAGGUGGUGCCCAUCGACGACGACCAGCACGACGCGGCGUCGCACGCACGACCAGAAUAACUUACAGUACUACACUACGCAUGACGCGGCUGAUGAACCGGACAAAUGAAUACUACUGCAUGUCGCGUGUCGUUUCAUGGACAUCGUAUCGUGUCGGUGGAGGACUUUACUGUAAAUCCUUCCAAGGUAUUUUGUCUUAGGUAUACUGAUUAAUUAAUUAAUUAAUCAAUGGCGUGUUUAAAUAUGUGAAACGAUGAGUACAUAUU